UUCAUUGCCUAGUUUCGUUUUCUAUAUAAAUUCAUUACAACUUUCGUUUUAGUAGUAUUUAACAUUGAAAAUAUUUCAACUUUCGUUUUCCUAGUGUAGUGAACAGGGAAGUUUAGGUUAUUUCCAUAUAUGAAAUGGCUUCCCAUAGAAUGUUUGGUAGAUCACAAAUUGAUGCAUCUGAUGCGUUUCAUGACUUUUCAUGCUCACCAUGUUCGGAAGAUGGCAAAAACACGGAGGCAUUGUAUCAUUGCAUCAUAUGUCAGGCUUUUUAUUGUCAGACAUGUGUUAAUUUUCACAACAAGUUUACCAAAAAUCACAGUGUAACUGACAGGACUUCGGAUGCAUUCGGACAAGAAUUCGGAAAAUCCGCGACAAAGUCUUCCAAAGUUUUGCCGACUGAUGUAUGCGAGGAACACCACGGGGAGGAGGUGAAAAUGUAUUGCGGACACCAUGAUCUUGUGUGCUGUACCGUUUGUAUCGCUGUGAAACACAGGUCAUGUGAAGGAGUAGAGUAUAUUCCAAAUAUUGCAAGUAAGUUGCUGAAGGAACAAGGGAAGGAGAAGACCAAACUUUCUCUCGAGAAGGUAAAGGCCGAUCUGAAAGACCUGAAGUCCAAAACGGAGAAUGACCUCAGACAUUUAGAUAAACAACGGGAUGGUUUUAUUGAUGACGUACAAGAUUUUAAGAAGCGUAUUAUCGCUAGAGUUGAAGAACUGGAGAGAAAGUCAUUAAAAGAGGUAAGGUCUAAACACAAAGAGCUGGCAGACAACAUAAACGCAUACAGCAAGAAGAUUGAUGGCCUCCUGAGAGUUAUUGAUGUAAGACUGCACAAACUCACACAUUCCAAGGAUGUCAAUGAAGCCCAAAAUUUUGUUGACGUGAAAAGGGGAGAGAAAGAGUUGUUGGAGGGAACUGACCUCGCAAAACAAACAACAUUGAGAAAGUUGAAAGUCAUGAAAUCUGAGAUAAAUAUAGCCAUUGAGGAGUAUUUAAGUAAGGAACGAUCUCUUGGGUCAGUCAAAGAAUACAGCGAUAGUGUGAAUAUUGUAUGCCCUCUCGAAGAUACGCUUACAAGCAAAUUUAUAAGCGAGCUCCAAUCACAACUGCAGAGCUAUGAUAUAUGGUCAGAAUACACCAAGGCUUCAGAGAUAGUUGAAAGUCGUUACACAAUUAUACUUUCUGAGUAUGGCUAUACGAGAAAAGCAAUGGAACGUACUACAGGAAUCCAAGGCAAUACAAUCAUACUGAUGAGACUACGGGAUACCAUCCGAUUAUAUGCACGUUCAUCAUGUACGCAUGGAAGAAAAAUUAAGGCAGACUUUACGAUUGAUUAUGAUACUUAUAGUGAAGAAUUGUCUUUUUCAUUUGCAAGCAUCAAGGGAACAUACAAAUCAAUUUCCGAUAUUGUGAUGGGCCGCAAUUAAAAACUCUUUGGGUUUUUUUAAAAUACUUUUUUAUGUUACAACAUUUUUCCUGUUUGAACGUGGAAGCAUGUAAGUUAAAAUAAGUAAAUACAGAAACAUUAUCGUUGCUUUAAUUUUCAAGCUGAACUGAACUUGAACUACUUAAAAAAUCUCUGUGAAUACAUUAAUCGCUACAUUCAUUAAAACUUUUUAUGCUUUUAGAUGUAGCAUAUAUUUUGUAUAGUAUCGUUAUCCUUUGCUGUAUUUUUUAUUCUUAGUCUGUAAACCACAAAUUAAACGACUGAGUUCAUAGUAAAGUUUUAGGGUGAAGUGUAUUUUUGGUAAUAAAAUGCAGUCUGAAUAUCAAUCUUUAAUUGGCCAAUAUGAACUUCAAAAACGACAGGAGACACUAAUUGCAAGCCCAGCAUUACUAAUUGCACGGCAAGCCAGGAUACUACAAUUGAACGAGAAGCCAGAAAACAUUUAUUGCACGGCGAGCCAGGAAACGAUUAUUGCACGAAAUAACAAAGUUACCAUUUUAUUACGAACAAUGAUCAUUUUGUAAAAGAAAUGUAAAUUGCUAUUGUUCAACUCAGCAGCUACUGACAGAGUGUAAAAUAUGCGAGUUUUGUUGCGACUGACUAUUGGAGGCCGACCUUGUGAAUGUGUAUAGUGUUUAUCUUUAAUUUAUUAUAAAGAUGUGAACGUUUUCCUUAUGAAUCGUAAAAUUAUAUCCACAUCACGUAGUUUAUGUUAGUAAUAUAAAAUAAGUAGAUAUUUGACAACAUUUCUUAUUCCCCGCCUAAGGCGGAGGAAGAUAGUUUUAGCUUUGUAUCUCUGUCCGUCCGUAUGUCCGGACCCAAAUCUAGGGAGUGGUUUUGAAUAUUUUAAUAAAAUUUCAUACACAUUUCACCACUAUAGAGAAAUGCGGCCCAGUAAGUUUCAGUGAGAUUGCCUGAGUAACAUCAGAGUUAUGGCCCUUAGUAGCUUCAAGUGUUAACUCUAUAGGGUGCAAUAAACGCAUCAAUUUCUGCUUUAUAAAAUGUAACAUAAGGACACAAAGAGUUAUAUCUCUUUAACUGUUUAAAAAUCCAUAAAUUUGUACAUAACAAACUAACCAAUCAGUGGUAUUUUCUUAACUUCUUUUAUGUUUUUCCAUGAACAUUUAUUAUCAACAUGUGAAAAUGUGAAGCCACACCCGGCCACUCCACCACCCUGGUCCCCCCACGCCCGACCUCAUCCCAUUUUUUAACUUUUUCUUAUUUUUAAUGUUAAACCUUCCAUGAAUAGUUAUCAUCGUGCAAUGUUGUAUCCUCAUCCCACCUCGCUCCUCCACUCAGUCACCUCCACCACUCCAGUUAUGCACCCCACCAUCAGACAAGGUCACAGCCCCCAACUCCCACAAAGAGAUGUAAAAAACCAUUACUUUUUUAUUUUUUCAAACAUUCCAUGAUUAUUAAUCAAUAUGUGAAGUUGUAAACAUUACCCCCUGCCACCACACACGUUCCAGAUCUUUUAAGGACUUCUGUUCUUUUAAGUUCAAAUGUGUUGAAAUUAUUUGUUUCUAAGUAACAUUCUUAACGUAUUACCGGGUAUAUUUCUUUGCCAUUCCUCAAUAAAAAACACAUUCGGCGGGAAAUACCUAUUUAUCGGAUCUGCUUCUUUCAUUUUGAUUGAUUUUUGAAAAACUGUUUUACUUUCAUGUAAUAGUUUUUGAAAGUUAUUGAUUUCAUAUAUCGAAAGGUACAAUAAAUCUAAAUAACUGAAUUGAUAACUGCAAACUUGAAAUAAAGAUAUGUUA